ACCAGUCCCCACUCCCCACUCGCCUUCGUCCCGCGAAAACCCUACCUCCGGAGGCGAGAUGAAGGGCGGCGACGUCGAGGCGGGCACCGCGGCGCCGUACCCCGGGACGACGGAGAGCCCCGAGCUGCGCUGGGCGCUCAUCCGGAAGAUCUACGUCGUCCUCUGCCUGCAGCUUCUCCUCACCGCCGUCGUCGCGGUCGUCGUCGUCAAGGUCCGCGCCAUCCCGCACUUCUUCGUCUCCUCCUACGCCGGCCUCGGGCUCUACAUCUUCAUUCUCAUCUUCCCCUUCAUCGUGCUGUGCCCGCUGCACAUCUACCGCCAGAAGCACCCAGUCAACUUGCUGCUUCUUGGCGUCUUCACAGUGGCCAUCAGCUUCUCUGUGGGCUUGACAUGUGCCUUUACCAGCGGCAAGGUCAUUUUGGAGGCUGGGAUUCUUACAAUCGUGGUUGUCUUGAGCCUCACUGCUUACACCUUCUGGGCUGCAAGGAGGGGCAAGGACUUUAGCUUCCUUGGUCCUUUCCUAUUUGCUUCUCUGAUGAUUUU